UUUAAGGUAGCCUACACAUUGAACAGUGCGAUCUCCGUGUGAAUGUGGAUUUCUUUACGAGCUUUCUUAAUUCUUCAUAAUCUUCUUGUACAAUGUGUGCAUUUUUAGAAAACCUUAUAAGUCCGCAGUGCGUUGCUCGACAGACACUAGUAAGAUAGGAGUAAUACUCUUACAGAAUCAGAAAGGAUGGUGCUAGCCUGAUUUGAAGAACGGUUUUCAUAAGACGAAUGGCCCGAUAUAUGCCCAUGGUACCAGCUUCGGGUACCAUCCGAAUAUAUGGAUCUUAGAAAGCUGGAUGUUAUUUUACUGUCUGGAUGGAGCAUUCGGAGAGGAGCAGCGCAAGAAAGCGCGCCAAGCUGAAUGAUUCUUCUACGCACACUGUUUCCGUUGAGGAUUUACCAUCAGCGCAUGCAGCGAGCUCGUCCGUAUUAGAUGCCCAAGCAGACCGAACGGAUGUGGAGCUGAUGGUGCGUGGGUAUUUUAACGAGGAUUUUCAGCCGACGCCGACGACUUUUCCUCCCGGCUUCCGCAAAGUUAUCCGUCCAAGUGAUCUCGAGGGCUUCAUGAGUGUCGCAGCGACAUUUCGCCCACUAUUGCCUUCCAGUUCAUAUUCCAGUAUUUAUGCCAGUUUGAACGGUUCGCGCGAUGUGAUGCUGCAGAAAGCCGGUGGCGCGGUGUGUGCGGCGUACGAGAUCGCCUACGGAGACCAGAUUGCCGUGUUCUCCGCGUUUAUGACAUCCGCCCUUAACUCCCAACAGAUACCGUUUCAGCCGCAGACAACACUGGAGCGCGUACUGCUACAAAAUCAAGAGAAAUGUGAAGAUGACAAAGCCCGUCUGGCACAGUUUGUCGCCAUGCUGCCGGGCUUCGAGGACCUUUGUCCGGCUGAUCGCGGUAUUUUACUGGAAGAGAAGAUCUUCAUCAGUAGUUUGUUGCACUACAUGAAAUAUUUCCACAAGGGAGAAUAUUACUGCGUCAUGCCGGGCCCCGAGCAGAUUCACGUCAACCGCUACUGGAUGGAGCUGAUGGGUCUGGAUCCCGAACUCGUCCGAUUCUGUUACCAUUUCAGUGCGGUGUUUAACGGGAUCGGGUUGACACUGACGGAAUCCUACCUGCUCAUGGCUGCAGCAUUUUUUGAUCCGCAUACCACGACGGCCUCAAACAAAUCCCUACUUGGACAACUGCACACGUUUUACGCCGACGCGCUGACGUAUGUGAUCGGCACUUUGCGCCGGGAUCCGGUGGAACGUGCCGCGGUCUUUCACAAGCUGAACCAAACGGCCAAAUGGUUCCCCAUGGUGCACCAAAUCUCCCGUGGAUGGUAUAAUAACGCGUAUGUCGACCGAACACUGCCGCCGUUUCCCGCACCGCUGCGGACGCUGCUGCAAGACUGCUUGAAACACUAAAUUUUUUCAACCAUAUUCAUACGGUUUUGUAUGAGUUCCCCUGCUUUUACUCCCAGCGAUUAACUCAUAGAAAAACUUUGUUACUGUUCGUAACUCCAAUUUACAAGUAGAGUUACGUCUGAAAGCUGAUGAUAAUCAGUAUUAAAAACUAUAUUAAAAUUCAAACAGC